AUGCCGUCACUACCUAAACCCAAAUUUAAAGGUUCAACUUCUGCAAGAUACGUUAAGAAUAAUGAUGGUAAAACAAAAUAUAAAAUAUCAGAAUUUAGAAAUAGACAACCACUGCAACCAAUAGAUCCAUAUAAAGCCAAUAAUCCAAUGUUAAAUGAUUCAAUUCAAAAAAAGGAAAUGGUUACAAGAAUAGAUCAAAUUGAUUCAAUUAUGGGAUUUGAUAGAUUAGAACAUGGUGAAAAAGAUGGUAAUAAACCUAAAAAGGGUUGGUUAAUUAAUAUGCAUUCAACUACAAUACCAAGUGAAAGUUAUUUAACUGGUUAUUCUGGUGUUGACUAUUAUUUUUUAGAUGAAGAAGGUGGUACUUUUAAAGCUACUAUACAAUAUGAUCCUUAUUUUUUUAUAGAUAUAAUAUCAAGUGAAUUCCAAUCAGAAGUUGAAGAAUGGAUGAGAAAGUACCUUGAAACUUGUAAUGUUAAAAGCUUUGGAAGAGUUAUAAAAGAAGAUUUAUCAUUACCUAAUCAUUUGUUGGGACUUAAAAAGAAUUUAAUUAAGUUGACAUUUCAUAAUAUUCAAGAUUUAUUAGCUGCAAGAAGACUACUAAACCCUAUAAUCAAAGAAAAUCAAUUAAAGAAAGAAUCAAGAGAUAUGUUUAAUUUCACAAAGAAAAUUGAUGCAUCAGAUCCAUCUAAAUUAGUUAGUGACAUCAAGGAAUAUGAUGUACCGUAUCAUGUUAGAGUUUCAAUUGAUAAACAAGUAAGAGUUGGGAAAUGGUAUAAUGUAUAUGCAAAACAUUCAAAAGUUGAAUUAGUAGAAGAUAAAGAAUUAAUUGCAUUUGCUGAUCCUGUUGUACUAGCUUUUGAUAUUGAAACUACAAAAGCACCUUUAAAAUUUCCAGAUGCUAAAAUAGAUCAAAUUAUGAUGAUUUCAUAUAUGAUUGAUGGAGAAGGAUUUUUAAUAACAAAUAGAGAAAUUAUAUCUGAAGAUAUUGAAGAUUUUGAGUAUACUCCAAAAGCAGAAUAUCCAGGAUUAUUUACAAUUUUUAAUGAACCUGAUGAAAAACAUGUUUUGUUGAGAUUUUUUGAACAUAUAAGAGAAGUUAGACCCACAGUAAUAGCAACUUUUAAUGGUGAUUUUUUCGAUUGGCCAUUUGUUGAAAAUAGAUCAAGAUUUCAUGAUUUAGAUUUAUUUGAAGAAAUUGGAUUUGCAAAAGAUAAUGAAGACGAAUAUAAAUCAAAAUAUUGUGUUCAUAUGGAUUGUUUUAGAUGGGUUAAAAGAGAUUCAUAUUUACCUCAAGGUUCUCAAGGUUUAAAAGCAGUGACAACUGUUAAGUUGGGUUAUAAUCCAACUGAAUUAGAUCCGGAAUUAAUGACUCCAUAUGCUUAUGAAAAACCACAAUUAUUAGCUGAAUAUUCAGUUUCUGAUGCUGUUGCAACUUAUUACUUGUAUUAUAAAUAUGUACAUCCAUUUAUUUUUUCAUUAUGUACGAUUAUUCCAUUAAAUCCUGAUGAAGUUUUAAGAAAAGGUACAGGUACCCUUUGCGAAAUGCUUUUAUCAGUUCAAGCUUAUGAAAAUAAUAUCUUGUUACCUAAUAAAUACACUGAUCCAAUUGAAAGAUUUUAUGAUGGUCAUUUGUUGGAGUCUGAAACUUAUGUCGGUGGUCAUGUUGAAUCUUUAGAAGCUGGUGUUUUCAGAAGUGAUAUAGCUACUGAUUUUAAAGUUGAUCCUUCAGCUAUUGAUGAAUUGUUACGAGAUUUACAUAACUCAAUUAAAUUUUGUGUUGAAGUGGAAAAUAAUAAGAAAAUGGAAGAUGUUGAAAAUUUUGAUGAAGUUUAUAAUAAUAUAAAACAAUCACUACUAGAUUUGAAGAAUAAUCCCAAAAGGAAGGAAAAUCCAUUAAUUUAUCAUGUUGAUGUUGCUUCUAUGUAUCCAAAUAUUAUGACUUCAAAUCGUCUACAACCUGAUUCAAUGAAAUCUGAAGAAGAUUGUGCAGCCUGUGAUUUUAAUCGACCUGGUAAAAAUUGUGAUAGAAGAUUACCCUGGUCUUGGAGAGGUGAAUAUUAUCCUGCUGAAAUGAAUGAAUAUAAUAUGAUAAAACGUACAUUACAAAAUGAACAAUUCCCACCACAAAGACCUUGGUUACCACCAAGAUCCUUAGAUGAAUUAUCUUAUGCAGAGCAGGCCUCAGCUAUUAAGAAAAGAUUAAGUGAUUAUUCAAGAAAAGUUUAUCAUAGAGUUAAGCAAAGUCAAGUUGUUACUAGAGAAGCUAUUAUUUGUCAAAGAGAAAAUCCAUUUUAUGUUGAUACUGUUAGAAGUUUUAGAGAUAGAAGAUAUGAAUUUAAAGGUUUGGCAAAAGUUUGGAAGGGGAAAGUAAACAAAAUUGAUGUUUCUGAUAAAAUUGGAAGAGAUGAAGCUAAUAAAAUGGUUGUUUUAUAUGAUUCUUUACAAUUGGCACAUAAAGUUAUUUUGAAUUCAUUUUAUGGUUAUGUUAUGAGAAAAGGAUCUAGAUGGUAUUCCAUGGAAAUGGCAGGUGUUACUUGUUUGACAGGUGCAACAAUUAUCCAAAUGGCUAGAGCAUUAGUUGAAAGAAUUGGUAGACCCUUGGAAUUAGAUACUGAUGGUAUUUGGUGUAUAUUGCCAAAGAGUUUCCCAGAAAAUUUCAAUUUAAGAUGUAAAGAUGGUAAAAAGAUCUUUUUAGAAUACCCAUGUUCUAUGUUGAAUUAUUUGGUUCAUGAAAAAUUUACAAAUAACCAAUAUCAAGAUUUAGUUGAUCCUGAUAAUUACAAGUAUAAAACAAGAUCAGAUAAUUCUAUCUUUUUUGAAGUUGAUGGUCCUUAUAAAGCUAUGAUUUUACCAACAUCAAAAGAAGAAGGUAAAGGUUUGAAGAAAAGAUACGCUGUUUUCAAUGACGAUGGCUCAUUAGCUGAAUUAAAGGGGUUUGAAUUGAAAAGAAGAGGUGAAUUACAAUUGAUCAAAAAUUUUCAAUCUGAUAUUUUUAAAUUAUUUUUAGAAGGUGAUUCAUUAGAUUCAUGUUAUCAAGCAGUUGCAACUGUUGCAAAUAAUUGGUUAGACGUAUUGGAUACAAAAGGUGGUAUGCUUGAAGAUGAAGAUUUAAUUGAAUUAAUUUGUGAAAAUAAAAGUAUGUCCAAAAGUUUAGCAGAAUAUGGAGAUCAAAAAUCUACUUCAAUUACAACAGCUAAAAGAUUGGGUGAUUUCUUAGGUGAAGAUAUGGUAAAAGAUGCAGGUUUAGCUACAAAAUAUAUUAUUAGUGCUAAACCAAUUGGUGCUCCAGUUACUGAAAGAGCUGUUCCAGUUUCAAUAUUCUCCUCAGAAAAAAAAGAAAUGUACUUGAAGAAAUGGCUUAAAGAUCCAUCAUUAAAUAAGUUCAGUCCUAGAGAUAUAAUUGAUUGGGAUUAUUAUUAUGAAAGAUUAGCAUCAGUUGUUCAAAAAAUCAUAACUAUACCUGCUGCACUACAAAAUGUUAAAAAUCCAGUUCCAAGAGUAGCUCAUCCAGAUUGGUUAAAGAAAAAAGUUGAAAAUAGAGAUAGUUCAAAACAACAAAGUUCUAUUGCAAAUUUUUUUGGUAAAAGUUCAAAAGAUGAAACUAAAGUUAAAGAUAUUGAAGAUUUUGGAGAAAUUGAUACAGAAGCAAUAAAAGCUAAAGUAAGCACUGUACGACUUAAGAAGAGAAAAGCUGGACGUGCAAAUUUGGUAGUCGAUGCUGAAGAAGAUGAAAAAAAUCAAGCUAUUUUAAAUGGUGAAUGUCCUUCCAUUACUGAAGAUUAUAGAGGUUUUUUGAUUUACCAAAAGGCAAAAUGGACAGUACAAGCUUCAAGUAGAGAUAGAAGACGAAAAUUAUUUGGAGCUCAAACUCAAAGUUCUCAAAGAUCUACAGUUGGUGGCAUGUUUAGAAAACAAGCUGAAAAUAUUGCAGGUAGUAAUUGGGAAAUUUUAGAAUAUCAAAAUGAUCCAAUGAAUCCGGGAGAUUUAAAAGUUUAUGUUUCAGCAGAAGAUAAAAUUCACACUUUUAAUUUUCAUGUUCCCAAAAAGAUUUAUGCAUCUUUCAAAUCACCUUUAACUAUUAGAGAUUCAAUAACUGGUUGUGAAAUUGAAAAAUCAAAUGCCAUUUUACCAAAUGGUCAUGAUGCUUCUAAUUUAUAUAAAUUAACUAUGCCUCAAUCUAUAUAUCAAGAGCAAUUAUCUGACGUUGAAAGUAUUAUACAGAGUUGCAAAACUUUGGGGAUUUAUGAAAGUAAUGUUAGUGCUAUAGAACGAGCAGUUAUUGAUUUAGGUAAUACUGUUAGAUUUGAUGAUACUAAAGUGGGUGCAUUAGGUAAAGGUUUGAAAAAUGGAUUCAACACUAAAGAAUUAUUGAAAAUUGAAAAUGAUGCAUACUUGAGAAAAUUUGAUAUGGAUAUUAUCUAUUUACUUCAUAUUGUUACUAACAAUUACGAAUAUUAUACAAUUUUUAAAUCAUGGGAGAAUCAAAGUCAUAUGUUUGUGUUGAAACCUUCCGCUAAUGCUCAAGAAUUACCUAAUAAUAUAUCAAAAAUUUAUAGAGAAGUAUUUGACACUAAAAAAGAUAAGUUGGGUAAAACUUCAAUUAUUGAUUAUCCUUCUGAUAUGGCAUUUGAAACUAAUUAUUAUCAUGAUAAAACCAGGUUGUUGAAAAAAUUAAAUCAAGCUAUAAAUAAAAUUCAUGAAGGUAGAAGUAGUAAAGCAUUACUUGCAAUUCAGUCACCAUAUACUUCAAAACUUUUAGGUCUUUUAACUGCAUUAUCUAAUUUCCCAACUAUUAAAAUGGCCAUUAGUGAACUAGUACUACCAGCUGUUGGUUGGCAAGUUUUAAUCUCAAAAAGAGUUAUUAACCAUUACUUUGUUUUAGCAUCUUGGAUUCAAAAUCUUAUAUCAUUAUCAAAAUAUGGUCGUAUACCACUUUGUAAUAUUCAAAUUGAAAAUAUUGGUUAUUUAAUUGAUGUUGAAUAUGCAAGAAGAUUAAGUGAAAAUAAUAUCGUUUUAUGGUGGUCACAAAAUCCAUUACCAGAUUUAGGUGGGUUUGAAAUGGAUCAAUCAAAUGAUAUAGAAAAAUUAGAAUUCCCCACAAUAAAUAAUCCUGAAAUUUAUGAAACAACUUGUUUAGAGGUUGAAAUUGGUACAUUAACUAUAAACACAAUAUUAACAAGCUCAUUAAUUAAUGAAGCUGAAGGAACUGAUUUAGCUGAUGAAUCUUUACAAUUUGAUAAUAAUAAUGGUGCUUCAACUUUCUCAGAAGAUUCGUUUUCAACACCUGCUUUAUUGAUAUUAAGAGCAAUGGUUAAAGAUUGGUGGGAUGAUGCUUUAAAAAAUAACAUUAAUGCUGAUUCUGUUAUGAAUGCUUUAAUUACUUGGGUUCAACGAAAAAACUCUCAUUUGUAUGAUCCAUCAUUACAUUAUCAUGUUCAUAAUUUAAGUUCAAAAGCGUUAUUGCAAUUAGUUAGUGAAUUAAAAAGAAUGGGUGCACUGGUUGUAUUUGCAAAUAGGAAUAAAAUGAUUAUACAAACUACCAAAGUAUCUGUUGAAAAUUCAUAUGCUUAUGGUCAAUAUAUACUAAAAGCUGCUAGAUCAAAACCAUUAUUUAAUUUCUUGGAUUUAAAUGUUACUAAAUAUUGGGAUAUACUAGUAUGGAUGGAUGAAUAUAAUUAUGGUGGUAGAACUUGUACAGAAAUAACAAGUGAAGAAACUCAAAACUUAAAUAUUGAAAGUGUAUGGCAAUUGAAGAAAUUUUUACCUAUAGUAUUUCAAGAUGAAUUUGAGGAUUGGAUGUUCAUAUUUUUAGAUGCAUUAACUCAAUUCAAGAUAAAAAACAUUACGGGAACUCAAUCAUCAACACCAAGAAUAACUCAGAUUGCUCAUAUUUUAAAUGGUCAAAAAAAAUUACAAUCAAAAGAAAUUGAAACUGAAGAUUUAAGUAAUGGAGUCAUUGAAAUUUUUAGAAAACCACUUUUCAAAAGAAUUGAAAAAUUAUAUAAGAAACAAAUUGAUGCAAUCUUGAAUCCUGAAUUUAAAAAAGAAUAUGAAUUCCCCAAAUUACCUGGUUCUUACUUGUUGAUGAGAAAUCCAACAUUAGAACUUGUAAAAUUCAUAUGUGCUGUUUUUUCAUUAUCAUCAAAAAGGUAUAUUGAAGUUAGAGUAUUGAGAAAAGAAUUACUACAAAUAUUUGACAUAAAAGAAUUUAGUUCACAAGCAACUUUUAAGAAUCCAAGUACUUCAUUAAUCAUACCUCAUGUUAUAUGUGAUUAUUGUAAUCACAUUAGAGAUAUAGAUAUUUGUAAAGAAGAAGAAUCAAAAAUUUGGAAUUGUACAUCAUGUCAUAAACCAUAUAACAAAAUAUCCAUAGAAGAAGAACUUAUAUCACAACUAAUGAAAAUUUUUGCUGAUUUUUUCAACCAAGAUUUAAAAUGUGAUAAAUGUGGAUCAAUAAGACAGGGAAACUUGGAUUUGUUUUGUAAAUGUUCUGGUAAUUGGAUUGAAACUAUUAGUAACGGUGAAGUGGAUAAAAAGAUUCAAAUUUUUAGUAACGUUUCUGAUUUUUAUAAUUUACAAUUACUUAGAGGAUUAUUGGAAGAAGUUGUUAAUAGUAUUUAG